UCAAAGUUUUGGCGGUAAACUCGUUCUCAUUUUGGCGGGGAACAAACCAAAUCGAUCAUCUAUUCGAAUACCCACACGGCUAUCACUUUAUUUUGCUGUACCCUCGGAAACAGGAUGAAGUUGGUCACACCGGAGAUUGCAUGGCAUGGAAAAGAACCCGUACUUAGCGUGGAUUUCUGUAAAAUCGGUGCAUUUUCUCGUCUCGCUUCUGCUGGGGCUGAUACAGAUAUCAAGAUCUGGUCUGUCACAUGCAGCGAAAAUGGUUCAAAUAAUCUUAAGUUCCUUUCUAACCUCACAAGGCACACAAAAGCUGUCAAUGUUGUGCGUUUCUCACCCAAAGAGGAGCUUCUUGCAUCUGCGGGAGAUGACUCUGUGGUGUUCAUCUGGAAACUGACCUGUUCCUCUGAGCAUCAGCACAUCCUUGAUGACGAGAAUGAUAACCUAGAGACCUGGACUGUUAGUAAAAUGCUCAGGGGCCAUAUUGAGGAUGUCUAUGAUUUGGCCUGGUCACCUGAUGGCACUCAGCUGUUAUCUGGUUCAGUGGACAAUAGUGCCAUCAUCUGGGAUGCGAUUAAGGGCACAAAGCUUACAAUACUCAAAGACCACAAGCACUAUGUUCAGGGUGUUUGCUGGGAUCCACUUGGACAGUACGUUGUCACAAACUCAAGUGACAGGAGUUGCCGCUUGUACAACUCCCUCAGUUACCGUUGCUGCUAUAAUAUCAACAAGCUGUCAGCAAAUGUGAUGUCAAAAAACACAGAGAAAGGAGAGGCUAUUAAGCCUACCAGAAUGUUCCACGAUGAGGCCAUGUUGACGUUUUUCCGCCGUCCAUCAUUCACACCAGAUGGAACUCAUUUCAUAGUGCCAGCUGGCAAGCUAGAGCUACAGAAUCAAGUUGUCCACACAACAUACAUUUUCUCAAGAAACUCCCCCAGCAAACCUGUAUGUUUUCUACAAAGCCCCAAAAAGCCAACAGUUGCAGUUAGAUGCUGCCCAGCAGUCUUUGAACUCAGGGAUUCCAAAGAGUCGGACAAGGAAAACAGUGGAAGAAACUCCUCAUUAUCCAAGCUUCCUUAUCGCAUGGUGUUUGCUGUAGCCACUUUAGAUGCAGUUCUUCUGUAUGACACUCAACAGCAAGUCCCAUUUGCUUAUGUCUCCAAUAUACACUACUCAGGCAUUAGCGAUAUGGCAUGGUCAAACAACGGCUCUACUCUUGUGAUAUCCUCCACCGAUGGGUAUUGUUCGAUGUUGUACUUCAAGGAUGGCGAACUGGGUACUCCAUACAAACAUUCCCUGCAAGAAAUCCUUGAGACACCACCCAUCACUAUGAGUACCCCACUCGCUGGCAAACCAAGUAAUACCAGUAGAAACAGCCCAACUGUUGAUUCACCUGAAAAUGUUUCUAGAAAGAUUAUCCUUAACCAAGUUAAUGAAAGCCAACCAGCACCAACAUCACCACUUGUUGAAAAGUCUGAUCCGGGUCUGUCAAAGAAGAAAGAAACCAGAGGCAUUGACCAGUUCACAGUACCCCUAUCUCAAAUAAAGGAGACCAAACCAGUGACACCACGAAGAGUGCCUCUUACUUCCCCAUCAGUUCCUUCUGGUACCACUUCAACAGACCACUCACAGCCAAGACGCGUACAGCUUGUAACCAUGCCAGUGCCUGGUCAGAUGGUGAGAGCUCAACCUGGACAAAUUGUUAGUCCUGCUGGAUUGCAGCCGGUGUACCUUAUUUCUGGCCAGAAUGUAGUACCUGUUACUGUUCAAAAUCAGGCUGGCCAGGCAGUUAACAUGGUACCAAUGCAAAUAGUUAACCCGAGUAAUCAGGGCGGCCAAGUGGUCGCUGUUGGUGGCAAGCAAUCUCAAGGUCCUGUGCAGUUGGUGACAUUUCCAGGAAACGUUGUCCAUGAAACAGGACAAGCAAAUGUAUCUGGUCAAGGCCAAUAUUCAGCUCUGACAUCUAGUAGUGAAUCGCUCCAUCCUUACCCAUUGCAAAUCAAUGCUAACUGGGAAACCCAAUCAAGUGCCACUCCAAUGUGCCAAUCAGGUGCAACAGACACGACAAAUAACCAAUCACCGGCUGUGAAUUCCUCUGAUAUGCCAUCAAGUGAGAACUCUGAGAAAAGAAGAGUUCCAUUUGGAACAGUUGAUCAGAGCAAUAAGUUACAAGAAAGGAAGGAGAAAACAAUCAGGAAACACAUUCCUCUUGAGCCUACAGUGAUCGUCCUUGACUGAAGCUGCAACCUCUUUACAUACACUAGGGAAAUCCUUUUUAAUUCCUCUCUUAUUGCAGCUAAACUAGGUAAAAAGAGGGGGAGGGGCAAUCAAGCAUCUGUUUCUUGUAUUUUGUAAAGGCACAUCUAAUUUCUUUCUAUCUUCUUCCUCCUGACCGCAAAUGCGUGUGUACAUUCUCAGAUUACAGCUUUAUAUGUGCAAAGAAAUACUCCAAAUGGUAUAUCCCCAAUCUUAAGAUUGCUUCUUCCAAUGGUGGGUCGGGUAUAUAAUUCUUAUUGUAAAAGCUUUGGGUGCUUCAAUAAAAAAACGUCCUACU